CAAAUUGAUCAAAUGCGGCAACAAGUGCAGCAAGCAGAGUUCACCUUCAGACACCAGAUGGCUGUGUAUGAGAAGAAUGCUCACGACAAUUGGAUCAAGGCUCGGAUUUGGGAGAGGGAGAUAGCAGAGCAGAGCAGGGAAGCCGCCCACUUGAAACACAGAUUGGAGAUAAUGUCCAAAAAGAGGCUGCCCGAGGGAUACAGGCUGCACAAACCAACGUCGGGAAGACCUGGGAUGCAGAACCCUCCACAGAGAGAUCCGGGACCUGUUUCUGCGGCUGUGAGGAGCAGCAGCUCCGGGGGCAAGGUCAAUGUUGAGGCAAGAGGGCCUCCUCCUUUUGCAGCACCACCCUGCACAACCAACCCUGUAGGCUCUGGGCCACAUCUGUCUCCUCCAUCCUGGAGGCCUCUAGGCCCUCACCCACUGCCUCCACGUGUCCCACUCGGACACUCAUUUUGAAGGAGGACACUGAGCGGUGAUAAACUGGCUGUGGCAAAUUAUUAUGGUUUUUCUUGCCCAAUCCUGCCCCCUCCACUUUUAUCUUUCCUGUUGUCACCCCUAAUACACUCUUUACAGUUCUAACUCAGUAUCAGCGUCUGCUUUUUGGAGGACCAUCCAACUCACCCCAGGGAGUGUAUACAGUGUGAUUCUUGUACACACAGUUCAAAAACAGGCAGAAACCACGGGGAUGGGGCAGAAGCAAGGUUAUUCCUUGGGGGUACUCUUGACUG